AUGAAGCUGGGAACGGCAUACUAUCCUGAAGCUCGGGCAGCGGCGCGAACACCGCGACUCGCGUCCGAUUGCCAACACAACCUCAAGACCUUCCAACUAUUGCGGCCCACGAGUGUCGUCGACAUUGGAUAUGCAGACGCAGGUCUGCAGGACCGCCCGUCUCCUCGGGAGGACACGACACACGUACAUAAUAAACCCCAUUCGGCAGUCUUUGCCAUAUGCGAACGCGAACGCGAAACACGAACGAUGUACUUGUAUAUAACGAUAAGUGAAGAGCAACACAACACAUGCAUAUACGACAAUAAUCCGCGACCCUUGUUGUUGCGUGUCGCGACGCGAGAGAAUGAUCCUUUCUACUUUACUGAUGCACUUUGCAUAGCAGGAUGA